UCACUUAAACUGCUGCAUUGCGUUCCCUGGGCAGACACAGUUCGACUGUGCCAGCCCCAGUGUUCUUGAGUGUACAGAUGAACACAUUGAGCUGCAUGUAUACAGCUGCAGGUGGAUAACUUUACUGCAGGGGAACACUGGGUGGACACAUUCUCUCUCCCACCUCCACAUCUGUAAUUCCUUCGUUAUGGGGAAGGAGAAGAUUCAUAUUAAUAUAGUCGUGAUUGGCCAUGUCGAUUCUGGGAAGUCCACUACCACCGGCCACCUUAUUUAUAAGUGUGGUGGCAUUGACAAGAGAACCAUUGAAAAAUUCGAGAAGGAGGCUGCAGAGAUGGGGAAAGGUUCAUUUAAAUAUGCUUGGGUUCUGGAUAAGCUAAAGGCAGAGCGAGAGAGAGGUAUCACAAUAGACAUUUCCUUGUGGAAGUUUGAGACCUCUAAAUACUACAUCACGAUCAUUGAUGCUCCAGGACACAGAGAUUUCAUCAAAAACAUGAUUACAGGGACCUCCCAGGCAGAUUGUGCUGUUCUUAUAGUGGCAGCUGGGGUAGGUGAAUUUGAGGCGGGUAUCUCUAAGAAUGGACAGACACGUGAACAUGCCUUGCUGGCAUACACACUGGGUGUCAAGCAGCUGAUUGUUGCCGUUAACAAAAUGGACUCCACAGAGCCUUCUUACAGUGAGAAGCGCUAUGAUGAAAUCGUUAAAGAGGUCAGUACUUACAUUAAGAAGAUUGGCUACAGCCCUGCCUCUGUACCCUUCGUCCCUAUUUCUGGGUGGCAUGGAGACAACAUGCUGGAACCGUCCGCUAAUAUGACAUGGUUUAAAGGCUGGAAACUUGAGAGGAAGGAACAACAUGCCAGUGGAAUCACUCUUCUUGAGGCCUUGGACACUAUCAUGCCUCCCACUCGUCCUACUGACAAGCCUUUACGCCUUCCUCUGCAGGAUGUUUACAAAAUUGGGGGUAUUGGCACAGUACCUGUAGGCAGGGUGGAAACUGGCAUCCUGCGUCCAGGCAUGGUGGUGACUUUUGCCCCUGUCAAUAUAACCACAGAAGUAAAGUCUGUAGAGAUGCACCAUGAGUCCCUGAGUGAAGCGGUACCAGGUGAUAAUGUAGGAUUCAAUGUGAAGAAUGUGUCAGUUAAGGACAUUCGCAGGGGAAAUGUGUGUGGAGACAGCCGGUCCGACCCACCCCAAGAAGCCUCAGGCUUCACAGCACAGGUUAUUAUUCUAAAUCAUCCAGGGCAAAUCAGUGCUGGCUACUCCCCUGUACUUGACUGUCACACGGCUCACAUUGCCUGCAAGUUUGCAGAGUUGAGAGAGAAGAUUGACCGCAGGUCAGGGAAGAAACUGGAAGACAAUCCUAAAUAUUUGAAGUCUGGAGAUGCUGCUAUUGUGGAUAUGAUUCCAGGCAAACCCAUGUGUGUGGAAAGUUUUUCUCAGUACCCUCCUUUGGGACGCUUUGCUGUGCGAGAUAUGAGACAAACCGUUGCUGUUGGGGUCAUAAAGAAUGUUGAAAAGAAAAUUGGUGGGAGUGGCAAAAUCACCAAAUCUGCCCAAAAAGCUCAGAAAGCAGGAAAGUGAAAAUUGUUCCCAAUGUAGUCCCUGACAUCUGUUAUCAUGCCGCAGCAGCCCCCAUAAUUAUAUCUGGGCAUGAUCACCUGGCCUAUUGCAUUUUGUUCCCAUGCUACAUCACUGACUGGAUGAUAGCCAUCAUAAUGUGAAUGACACAAAAAUAUUUAUUGAAUGUUUGACAUGUCUUUGUUGUAAUUUUAGCUUUUAGACUUUUACUAUAACGUAUAUUAAUACAGAUGUUAUGUAUAUGUAAAUGUGUAUAAAAUUCACACAGUAAAAAGCUUCCAUUUGAGGUUUGUGCUGAAGUCAUAAAACGAGAGAUCAGGUUAACGACUUGUACUGGAUUUAUUCCAAGCUGAACUAAGAGUGAUUCCUGUUCAUAUCAAUCCUGUUUUUGUAAGCCUGGCUUAAUGAAAGAACCAUUUAGAGGAAAUGAAAUUAUUCUGUUUGACAUUUUACAUGGGCUCUAACCUAUUGUUUAUAAGGACAGUCAGUUCAUAACACAGUUUAUUUGAACUGCAUGAGGGGAAAGUUGUAACUCUUUUAGGAAUAAAAGAAUAAUAAAGUGUGAGGUUUUAGAGUUGAAGCGCGCUAUGUUAUGACCCCGUCUCUUCUUUUAAUGAAAUGUACUUUAAAACACUUAAUUUCAAGAAACCUUUUAAACACACACUUCAUGAAUAAUAAUAAUAAAAAACUUUCUGUGCUGCCACUCUGAAUCAAACUGUCUUAUUCAACAGAUUUCUGAAUUAACAAAAAAUCCCUGAGACAGUGAAGGACAGUAGCUGAUGAACACUUUUUCUUGAGUUUUUGUUUAGAAAUUAUCUUCUGCCUAGAUCACAGAAGGCUCAGUAAUAGCGAGAUUAAGCCUUUAAUCACAUACAGCUGGCUUUUCUAAUAGCCUUUCAAUGGUUCACAGAGUUUUCUAAAACAAAUCAAUGUUAGUAAAUCACUGAUUAGCUGAUAACGACCCUGUUUACAAUUAAUAACACAUGUCUACAAACUUGUCGCAUACAAGUCACUUGGGCUUGUUUUGCAAGUCUUGGAAUGCUUCUAAGAAAAAGUUAUUUUAAAGUCCAUUUCCUCUGAGAGUAAAAUGAGAACAGUAGUGAUCUGGAACAUUUUAACACUGAAGCAUCCACACUCAAAGAAGGAAAGUGAAACUGGACCAGAAACUCUCAAAAAUGUAGUGUACCAGUGUGUAGUAAAAAGAGAUUAAAAGUCAUGCUUUCAGUAAAAGAAAAAAUGCAUGUAUACACCUAAUCUCAGUUUUUUUUACCCACUGACCAUUUUGUUUUAUUUGCAAUUAUUGUAUACAUGGUGUGAAUAGAGUUUCAUUAUGUGUACUUCAUAACUUUAUGCACAAGCAAUAUUUAUUCUUAGAUUUAAUUAACUGAUAUAUAGAUAAGUACAUAUACUACUUUAAUGAUAAAUGUUUUUGUAAUAAUAAUAUUAUUAUUACAUAUUAUUGUAUACAUAUCUGGAAAUGGUCUGCAAGUUUUAUGGGUUUCAAGCAAUUUGUAGUGGGUUAAAAUGGUUAAAAAGGCUUCUAUGAGGUUAAAAAUUAAACCAACAUAAUUCACCCAAGACCUUUUUACACCUUUAAUAUGAUAUAGCAACCAACAAAAUUGAUUACACAAAAUUGAAUGACAACACUAAACUAGAUGCAUAAAUGUGCACACUUCUUUUAUUAAAAAUCUAUUGCUUUACAAAUAUUUCCACUUGGAAGACUUUGUUGGCAUUUUUGUUUGUACUGCAUAUCAUUGGCUCUGUACAUGUA